AUGGAAGAACAUGUAAUCCUCUGCCAUUUCAAUUCUCUUGAAACCGAACAGGGCUUCAAGAACGUCUACCACAAGGAGGAGUACCACCACAACAAGAAGUUCUACGACGACAGCGACAAGAAGAAGUACCACAGCAAAUACGACGACUUCGACGCCUACUUCAAGGGCCACAAGGGCAACGACUACAAGGGAGGCCACUACAAGGGAGGACAUCACCACGACAAGCACGGCCACAAGGGGCACCACGAGAAGGGCAAGUACCACGAUGACCACAAGGGCCACAAGGGCCACUACGGCGACAAAGGCCACUACGGACACAAGAGUUCCUACGGCAAGAAGGGAGGACACAAGGGGUCGUAUGGCCAUGACGACCACAAGGGGUAUGGCCACGACGACCACGGCCAUGGUGGAUAUGGCCACGACGACCACGGCCACGGUGGAUAUGGCCACGACGACCACGGCCAUGGUGGAUAUGGCCACGACGACCACGGUCAUGGUGGAUAUGGCCACGACGACCACGGCCAUGGUGGAUAUGGCCACGAUGAUCAUGGUGGCUAUGGUUCACACUCUGAAGCCAAGCCAGUCGUCGCCUCAGCCUCGGCAGGCGCUUCGGACGCCGCCAAAGCACUUCCGGCCUUCAAGCACAAAGCAUCUAGUGAAACCUUUGAGCAGUUUGGAGAUUUUGCCAAGUUUGCAUAAGGAGCUGCAUGAUUUUGUACAUAUGGUAAAUCGUCGCUUUAUUUACAAGAAAAGAGAAGAUUCCUUGUAAGACAUUAGUUUCAAUUACGCUUUCCUCAGCAGUACCGAAUCAUCACCGAAAUAGUAAAAAUAAACUCACCCAUCCCAUAAUAAUGCGGGAAAAGUAGUUUUUCAAUCAGUAGCUAUAUAAGCUUUUCCGUUUCUAAAUCCUGGCUAAAUAAAAUUUUCUAAAAAAAAAAAAAAAAAAA